GGAUAAAAUACCUCCAUUUAUCGAGAAAAUAUAUUUACAAGCACAAUGGCUUACCACAAUUCUUAUUUCGUAUUUCAUAGGUAUGUCGCCAAUGAUGAUUUAUGCUUUAAAAUUGUAGCGCAACUGUUUUUCUUUGUUUUGUUUCAGCUUUUAGGUGAGAGUGGGGACAUUUCGUAUUUCAGGAACGGUUUUGAACUAUGAUAAAGAUAUAUUUAUAAUAAUUUUAAAUUACAUUGUUACUUAAUAUUUGUAUUAGGUACAUAUUUUACGAGCAUAUAUUUUUUUAGCUAGUUCUUACAUAUUUUACAGAACUGCUGUCUGAAAACUUUCAGGCUUCCUUUCAAAAUCGUAGCCCAAAUAUUUUUAACAAGCUUUGCAGGGAGGACAGUCCUAAUUUCAGGAAUGGCACAGUUAUAGACAAUCCCGAGCGUGAUAAAUGUGAUAUAAUGAAUAUUGAUGAUAAUCAUAAACACCUGUUUCAAACAAUAUUCUGCCUGGAUAGCUGGAUGAAUGUUGAUGGGUAAAGAUAGAGGAUGAAUAGGAACAAUAGAAAUAUCUUAAGAAUGAUUGAAGCCCCGAUUUAUAGUAUGCUGCAAUAUACGAAAACAGCAAUCAAACAAAUAUCAACAUUUUUACAGGAUAAACCUGUGUUUCUAAAAAUACGGGACAUAUGUGAGAAAAUAACAUUCCGAGGUCGAAAGUUAUACUCCUUCACGUUCUUGAAGAUGAUUACAGGCUGGUACAUGCAGAAUGAACAUCAAUUGAAUUGCGAAUUGAAAUAAUGAAGAGGUUAAUAACUGAGGCAUGCUGGGGCGGGUUAUAGGUUUUCGAUUGUACAAAUGAAUCCAGAAUUGUGGAACGACUUGAUUUUUCUUCACCUGAUACAAUUAAUCUGAUCAGUGACGGUUGAGGUUUUCUAGGGGUUUCCCUCGCCCAAGUGCGAAUGCAGUCACCAAAAAAAAAACAUAUUCCCCUAAUAAAUAGUAGAAAAAAUGAAAAUCAGUUCUCCUAU